CCUGAAGAGUACACUUCUCAGUGACUCUUAGCUGGGAACUGGAUGCAGUAGAAGGCUAGUCAAUAUGAUUCUUCUUGCUGUGCUUUUCCUCUGUUUCAUUUCCUCAUAUUCAGCUUCUGUUAAAGGUCACACAACUGGUCUUUCAUUAAAUAAUGACCGGCUUUACAAACUCACAUACUCCACUGAAGUUUUUCUUGAUGGGGGCAAAGGAAAGCUCCAAGACACUGUGGGCUAUCGAAUUUCAUCUAAUGUGGAUGUUGUCUUACUGUGGAGGAACCCUGAUGGUGAUGAUGACCAACUGAUCAAAAUUACGAUAAAGGAUGUAAAUGUCGAAAAUGUAAAUCAGCAGAGAGGAGAAAAGAGCAUCUUCGAAGGAAAAAAUCCACCUAAAAUCAUAGGAAAGGAAAACUUGGAAGCUCUUCAAAGACCUGUGCUCCUUCAUCUAGUUCAUGGAAAGGUCAAAGAGUUCUACUCAUAUCAAAAUGAGCCAGUGGCUAUAGAAAAUCUCAAGAGAGGCCUGGCUAGUUUAUUUCAGAUGCAGUUGAGCUCUGGAACCACCAAUGAGGUAGAUAUCUCUGGGGACUGUAAAGUGACCUACCAGGCUCAUCAAGACAAAGUGAUCAAAAUCAAGGCCUUGGAUUCUUGCAAAAUAGCAAGGUCUGGGUUUACUACCCAAAGUCAGGUCUUGGGUGUCAGUUCAAAAGCUACUUCUCUCACUACCUAUAAGAUAGAAGACAGCUUUGUUGUAGCUGUGCUUGCAGAAGAGACACAUGGUUUUUGGCUGAAUUUCCUACGAACUGUUACAGGCAAAAUCAUAUCAAAGCAGAAAUUAGAGCUGAAGACAACUGAAACAGGCCCUAGAAUGAUGUCUGGAAAGCAGGUUGCAGCAGUAAUUAAAGCAGUCGAUUCAAAGUACAAAGCCAUUCCCAUUGUGGGGCAGGUCUUUCAGAGCAAGUGUAAAGGAUGUCCUUCUCUUCCGGAGCACUGGCAGGCCACGAGGAAACAUCUGCAGCCCGACAGUCUGUCCAAGGCCAAUUCUGUCAGAAGCUUCCUGGCCUUCAUUCAGCAUCUCAGGACAGCGAAGAAGGAAGAGAUCCUCCAAAUACUAAAGAAUGAGAGCGAGGAAGUACUACCUCAGCUGGUGGACGCCGUCACCUCUGCUCAGACUCCAGCCUCAUUAGAAGCCAUGUUGGAGUUUUUGGAUUUCAAAAGUGGCAGCACCAUUAUCCUUCAGGAGAGGUUUCUGUAUGCCUGUGGAUUUGCCUCCCACCCCAAUGAAGCACUCCUGAAAGCACUGAUUACAAAGUUCCAAGGUUCCUUUGGGAGCAAUGACAUCAGAGAAACUGUGAUGAUCGUCAUCGGGGCCCUCGUCAGGAAGCUGUGCCAGAAUGAAGGCUGCAAACUUAAAGCAGUGGUCGAAGCGAAGAAGUUAAUCCUCAGAGGACUUGAAAAAGCAGAGAAAAAAGAGGACAUCAUUAUGUACCUGCUGGCUUUGAAAAAUGCUCUGCUUCCAGAAGGCAUCCCACUGCUCCUGAAGUAUGCGGAGGCAGGGGAAGGACCUGUCAGCCACCUUGCUACCACUGCACUCCAGAGAUACGAUGUUCCUUUCAUAACCCAGGAGGUGAAGAAGACUUUGAACAGGAUAUACCACCAGAAUCAUAAAGUUCAUGAAAAGACUGUGCGUACCACUGCAGCUGCUAUCAUUUUAAAUAGCAAUCCAUCCUACAUGGAAGUAAAAAACCUCCUACUGUCUAUUGGGGAGCUUCCCAAAGAAAUGAAUAAAUACAUGCUUGCCUUUGUCCAGGACAUCCUCCGUUUUGAAAUGCCUGCAAGCAAAAUGGUCCGUCGAGUUCUGAAGGAAAUGGUUGCUCACAAUUAUGACCGUUUCUCUAAGACUGGAUCCUCUUCUGCCUAUACUGGCUAUAUAGAACGUGAUACCCAUUCGGCAUCUACUUAUGGCCUUGAUAUUCUUUACUCUGGUUCUGGCAUUCUAAGAAGGAGCAACUUAAAUAUUUUUCAGUAUUUGGGGAAGACUGAUCUUCACGCUAUUCAGGUGGUUAUAGAAGCUCAAGGACUAGAGGCCUUAAUUGCAGCCACUCCUGAUGAGGGAGAGGAGAACCUGGACUCCUAUGCAGGCAUGUCAGCCAUCCUCUUAGAUGUUCAGCUCAGACCUGUCACUUUUUUCAAUGGAUACGGUGAUUUGAUGUCCAAAAUUCUGUCAGCAUCUAGUGACCCUAUCAGUGUGGUGAAAGGACUUGUUCUGCUAACAGAUCACUCCCAGGAGAUUCAGUUGCAGUCUGGACUAAAAGCCAAUAUGGAGGUCCAAGGUGGUCUAGCUAUUGAUAUUUCAGGUUCAAUGGAAUUUAGUCUGUGGUAUCGUGAGUCCAAAACCCGUGUGAACAAUCGGGUGGCCAUGGUAAUAAAUGGUGACAUCACAGUGGACUCCUCUUUUGUGAAAGCUGGCCUGGAGACCAGUGUAGAAACAGAAGCAGGGCUGGAGUUCAUCUCCACUGUGCAGUUUUCUCAGUACCCUUUCCUGGUUUGCAUGCAGAUGGACAAGACUGAAGCUCCACUGAGGCAAUUCGAGACCAAGUAUGAAAGGCUUUCUACAGGCAGAGGUUAUGUCUCCCGGAAAAGAAAAGAAAGGCUAAUAGCGGGAUCUGAAUUCCCGCUCCAUCAAGAGAACUCGGAUAUGUGCAAGAUCGUGUUUGCCCCUGAGCCAGAGAGUGCAUCCAGUGGUUGGUUUUGAAACUGAAAGGUGAUCUUUCACUUGAAUCCAUCUCCCCAGAAGGGAUACAAUGUGACAUGCCUAAGUACUUGCUCUCUGAGAGCAUAGUGUUUACAUAUUUACCUGUAUUUAAGAUAUUUGUAAAAAGCUAUGAAAAACCACAAAUGAUUAGAUUUGGACCUAUUCAGAAUACUACCUACAAGUGUCAUUUUGAGUCAACACAUGGGACAUUUUCAGCAACAUUCUCUGUUUUCUUACACCUCUUUCAAAUCCCAUUUAGUAGAGUGAGGAUAGUUCUGCUCAGGAGAAGCCCAUUUUGCUUCAAAAAUUCCAAUCAAUGUGUAUGAAACCCCUUCUUGAUGGAACCUUAAAUGUAGUUUGUUUUCUACCACACAUGUUGCCUAUUCAGGAAAAACCAGGCCAAUGUUUCGUUUGAGGGAUGGGGGAGACAUUUUAAAGACUUUUAUCGGCCAACUUCAAGAAUUAAUAUUUAUCUCUUCUGUUGUUUUUAAUUUUAGUAAGCAUUGUUAGAGGGCAUACAGAAUUAAAACAUACAGUCUCGUCAUUCUGCUACCACAUGGCCAGGUGUCUAGAAGGAAGCCAUUCUGUCCUCUUCCUCCAGCCCUACAACAAUAUUGGAUUUAGCACAUAGGAUUUAGAAAAUUAAUGUAAGAAACUCCAUUUGAUUUUUCUUGUGCUGACCUCUUUGAGACAGUAAUGUGCUGCACUGUCCUUUAUAAGGGACACAUUCAUCAUAUCUCUGCUUCACUUGUUUUGUGGCAGAAGCUCUAGUCUGUUUGACUACAAUCUGCACAAUAGCCAGUAGAGCUGAGGGAACUUACUAUUGCUUCAAGAAAAGGGGGGAUAUGUAUUGCUGAAACAUGAAAUCAAGGAAAGAAUGUCUUUAUUUGUGUGAAUUAAAGGAGCCAUGUCAAACGUUUUCAAAUAUUUAUUAAUAAAACAGACAUAUGUGUUUAUAGUGAUAAACCCAAAACAGAUGUCAGAUGGUCAUAUGCCUAUCUCUAUAUAAAUAUAUAUAUAGCUAGAAUACCAUUGGUUGUAAAUUGAAAGUUUAGCUAGCAUGUUGUUGGUCAUAAAUUGAAAAUAAAAUGUGAUUAAAUAUGUGGAAAUCCUAGUGAAUUCCUUUUGUAUUUCAUUACUUUGAAUAUUAUAUUGGUCCAUUCCUACCACUUUUUGAGCCCAGAUCCAUCUAAGCCACUGCAGCUCUACGGAAGAGGACAGAUUCCCUAAGUGGGCGGUGUUGGAGCUUCCCAGCUGCUAAAACAAAUA